AUGAAAGUCCUUGCAGAUAAACAACGUCAAGAUCGUUCAUUGGAGGUAGGGGAUUAUGUUUUGGUGAAGUUGCAACCCAAUAGACAGAUAUCAGUAGCCAAACGUUCUAGCCACAAGUUGGCCAAACGUUUCUUUGGCCCGUUCCAAGUAACAACAUCAGUAGGUUCAGCGGCUUAUCGAGUUCAGUUACCGAAAAGAUCUCGCAUCCAUCCAGUUUUUCAUAUUUCUGUGUUGAAGAAAUUCUACGGAGAUCCAUCAGCAUCCACUCUUUUGUUGCCUUUGGAGUCAAUUGACAACUGUCCUAUGCAGUCUCCUAUAGCUAUACUUGGUAGCAAGCUUGAUAAAGGCAAACGUAAGAAUCAACGUAAUUUCUUUGUGUAG